AUGGCAGAUAACGAAGGAAAUUCGACUGAGCCACCUGUGCCACCGCGGCGAACGAAACGUAAAAACAAAAUCGCGCCGGUCAAACUGCCGGUGGCGAACAACGGUGCAACGGAAACCAUAAACGACCACGUCGUGAUAUCUCAGCAAAAAUGUCCGCCGCCGCCGCCGCAGCCGCCGCCACCGCUGGAGAAAUGUCGGCGCAACAAUUUUGGAUACGUCGAAAUCGGCCAACCGCAAUGCGACACCACGGCGAGCUGUCCAAGAACCGAAAACGGCGUGCAACGGCACCCCGAGAGUCAUCGCAUCAACGACACCGUGACAUCCACGAGAGACAGCUCGACGUCGAGCAACGGUGCAAGCGGCGACCCAAUUGCGAGGUCAACGGUGUCGAAGCCGUUUCCGUCGUCCCGCUAUGUCGCGUCAUCUAACAAAUACCCAUCGCUCCUUUUCACUCUGCGCGAUUUCGAGAACGUAGUGUUCGAUACGUGGAACAGAAACGACUCCGUGGAUCCCAAACAGAACUUACGCGAAGUGGAAUCGAAAGCGCACACGUUGGACGACAACGACGACGUCUGCUUUCGUGUGACAACGACGAAUCUCCCCUUCGAGAAGUGUCUGGGCAAAUGGAGAGAUCCUUUCAACGACUACCGAUUCGAAAGUAGCGUGGACGAAAAUAAUUGGAUAACCAACGAGAGAUCGUCUGGUUGUGAUACUUUCGACGAUGAUUCGAAGUGCCGCGCAGGCACGAAGGUGCGUUUCGCGAUCGAAUCGCCAAGUUCCUCCCCGUCAAAACGCGACGUAAAGAUCAGUGUACCAUGUGAUAAACAAAACGCCGCUUCCUCUGUGAAACCGACUGAGAUCCGAGAGGAAUUCGCGAAUGCGGAAAAUCGCCGCGAUCACAAUACACGAGAUAAAUCAUACAUGUCGGGUGUCGAGAGAGAAAAUUUCGGGGAAGACGAUCCUUUCAUAACGGCGGGCGCAAACGAGGUCGACGCAAAAUUAAAAACGACUCCGCAGGCGCAUCGCGGCGACAGAAAUAACGACGUUAAUUGCGAGAAAAUUCGCGUAGAGGACUCUCAUCUGAUAUCGCGGGGCGUACGGAUUGACGAUGAGACUCUUGAAACCGGGAGGGAAGAUAUAAUAACGUCAGUAACGUCAGGCAGAGCUAUCACGAGCGGGGGAUACGAUGCAAAACAAGUGGAUCAAAGUAAAAACGCUUCUUCGGGAGUCGCGGGGGACGCUCAUCGCUUUGCAAGUAAAAGUUUAGAAACGGCUUGCAGAAUCGACGAAGCGACGAAAAUAACUCGAGGAAGAGCGCACCGAGAGGAGGAAAUGUUUAUAAAAAAAACCAGCGAUGACAUCAAAGAAAAGUGCGUUGCCGAGAACGAUGGAGUCUUCUACAAUGAGUCAGCCGAAAAUUUUUUAAACGAACGCCAAGACGACGGAACGAGCGGAAACAUUUUCACCGAGGAUCUCGUAAACAAGUCAGUCGAAAACGAACAACAAACUCGACGACUACCUGAAGAGAAUAGGGAAGGGAACGAUUCUUUCGUAAAUUCCAAGAAUAAAUACGAGACAGCUUCGUCAUCGGCGGACAUUUUUGCGAAGAAUAUUCCCGUAAAAGUUAGACGAGAUUCUUUUCUAGAAACUAUGCUGUCUGACGAUUUAGCAGACACUUCGAUGAAUUGCGCGAUGAUUUCUGCCACAAUUUCUUCAAGUAUGGACGUAGAAUUAAACGUUACGAACAAAUCGCCACACAAAAUCCAGAAAUUAGAUAUCGCGAAAAAUAAACAGUCGCUGAAUGAUUCUUGUAAUUCGAUAAAAAUCGACGCAAAGAGUCAAAAAAUUUUAAAAAGCUCCAAGAAAACAGAAGAAAGGAUUAAAAUUUCAAGCGUAAAGUCAACGCAAUUAGAGAAUAAAAGUGCCAGUGACAUGAAGAAUGACGUGUUGAAUGAGCUUCUCUGCAACUUUAAUAAUAUAAAGUUGAAAAUAGUGAGUCCCGAGAAUAAGAAAUUACCAGCAAAGAUAGACGGUGAUGAAAAUAUUUGUCGUCCGAGUUCGAUUGGCGAUGGAAUUUUUAGACAGAAAGAAAAUACAUCUAAAUCGUUUGGAAAAAACGAGAUUUGCAGCGUUCCUGCAAGUACCAAGAUUACUGAAGUAUACAACGAUACAAUGACAGUUGAGAAAAUCGUGAAGAAAGAAGAUCUCGUGAAAAUAAAGAUCGAGAAAAUGCCUCAAGAUCUUAAAAAUGGCAUUACGCUAGUUAGUGAAAAAGUCACAAAAAGUCUAAAUACCGAGAUUAAAAAGCCCGAUGAGUCGUUCGGCACUAUCAAAAAUAAAAUUGCAAGAGACAAUUCCGAAACAAAUAUCGACAACAGUUCCUCAGAUAUUAAAACAGAGGAAAUCAAUGUAAAGAGAAUCGAGGAAACGUCUGUGGGCACAAAGAGUGCGGUCGAGACCAAUCAAGAGUCUAGAAAAUCGCGAGACGUUCGCGUCCCCAAGACGAUACUUAAGAAGACUAACGUUAGGUGCGAGCGGCGGCAAGCGAACGAAUGCCAAAAGAGAAUUCCCAUCGGGGCGCCCGCGACGAUGAACAAGAUUUUCGACAGUAGAGAGUUCAGGGCGACCGCGGACGAUACGUCGCGCAACAAGAGCCUGGAAAAUGGCAGGAGACGCGAGAGAGCUUCGAGGAAGAUUCACACUCGUGGCGAAGAAAAGACUGACGAAGUAAUCGCGGACGAGGCCGACGAUGAUCGAGGGAGUAUCGCAAGUCAGUCGGCAUUAGCAUUAUUAGAUGAUACGAUGAGUAGCGACGAUAAGUGUGCCAUAGCUAGGAAAACUACUUCCGUAAACUACCCUUGUAAUAAUAAUGACAAUAACAGGCCCGUAGCUAACGUAAGUAAUGACCAAUCGUUUCGCGACGUUGUAACGAUAACCCCGGGUAAAGUUAGGAGUUUCGUUAAGUAUUACGAGAUUCGGUGCGACGCGACGACCGUCGAGAGACAUUCUAAAAUUAACGAUAGGGAGAAAGUAGCUAGGUGUAAGUUCACGAAGAGCCAUGCGAUGCCCGCGAGGAGCUGGCAGCGGCCGGAAGUAAUGGCGAAGGAGAAGAAAACGAACGGUGGCGAAGGGAGCGUUAAAUCAAACGAUUGCGACCCCCCCGAAACGUUGUUCAACAAAGCUCACCCUUCGACGUUCGCCCCGAGGGUUCCGGAAGAUCCUCCCAAGAAUCCAGUCCGUAAGACGACGGAAAUGGGAUUGAAGAUAAAGGAGUAUGAAAAGAACGGCUUGCACAUAUCCGAUAAGGAGACGACACGUGCGCCGUUCACUAAGACCAACGCGAAAAAGUCGGUGCAGUUCCUGGGCGGCUUUACCGUGAUUCACUCGGAAACUUUCGGCGAAGAUGAAUCCGCGAGGACUGCUGCGGACCGCGAUACAAACACGCUGAGAAAGAGAAGAGCCCCAGGAACACCGACGUCGCAGGACUCCGAUGAUUACCGGGAGCUUGUUCGCGAAACUGCGAAAUCGGAGAAACCGCCGGACGUCAAAGAAGGUUCCUCUCAACGACGGGAGGGCGUUACUCAGAUACUUGCAGUAGCCGAUCACGUGCAGAAUUCAGGUAUUAAUCACUUCGUAUUAAAACCAGAAACCCCACAGCUCGUAUUUUACUGUACCAUAUAGAUAAAUACACGUAGCCUUUACGAGUCGUCGUUGCUCCGAGUCUCAAAGAAACCGUAUCGCGUGUCAAAUCCCUGCGUAAGCAUUUUGAUUUUGCUACCAAUAGAGGAAUAGAUUUUACAACGCUACACAACGCCUCCUAGAAAGUAAUUUCCGCUUGUUAAUGCACGUUUACACGCGAAGUAAACCCUGUGUACGUACGAAUUGAAUUUUCAUCUCAAAGACAAAGUCCGAUUGUUCAACAUAAAAUAUCAACAUAUCGCUACUUGUUAUUUUCUACUGCUAAAAACUUAAUUUUUUAUUCAAACCACAAAUUCAUUGUGCAACUUUAAGCUUUGAGGAGAAAUUAUGGCAUCACAAUUUAUCUAUUGAAACUAUUCAUUUAGCUGAACGUGUUCCGAUAAGCGAGAUACGCCACGCGCGUAAAUCCGGUUCCAAUAAGCCGGUCUACGCUCAUCCCGAUAAAAGCAACGAGUGGAUUUGAAUGACCAAAUUUUCCGUGUGUUCCGAAAGGAUUGGAGGAUCGCGGUGAAUUGCCCGGCAAACAGACCGCCCGCUACUCUACCUCGAGUGCUUUAACUGCAACGCGGUCUGGAUAUUCCCGACCGUGAACGGAUUCCGUCAAUUUAUGGAAAGACGCGAUACUUCCUUUUCCGUUAAGCAAUUGUUCGUUUUGUGACUCAUAAAAUACACAACGUUUUCUCAGCAUUGCGUGGAUUUUUUAAAAAAUUUAUUUUGUAAAUUGGUACGGACAAUUAUUUUGCUCUAUUAUUUCUCUAUAAAUAUUAGCAAAAUUUAUAAGAUUCGUAUUAUUUUUGCAAUCAUAUUUAAAGAAUUAGUUAAAUUCUGUAAUAAUUAUUUUGUCAUAAUAUUAUAUAGUUAAAUAAUUCUUUAAACUCUUAUUUUGAACGCGUGUUCAAAUAUUUAUGUGUCAUAAUAUAUUUAUGAUUUUUUUAACCGAAUGAGGCAAGAAAACGGACUUUGUCUUAGAUGACAUAUUCAAGAUGAAACUGUAAAAACUCAAAGAGGCACCGUGAAAGAAGCAUAUGCGCGAUUAUGCGGAAGGUGUAAAAAAAUUUCCCUCGCGUAGAUCUAUUCUUCCCUUGGGAGCUCUACGUGUAUCGUAUUAGUUUUCAGCACCGUGAAUAUAUUUUAGAUACAUAUUUCUGAGAGAGGACUGCUUGUAGCUCUGUUGUCGAGAUGUUCCCUGUGAGUUUUCGACACGGCACGGUGUAUCGGGGAAAUCGCACGUGUCCCAUUGCUCUAAUUUACGUGGGUAGAAUAGCAGUAAAAUACACUUGUUGCGCCAUUUAUGUUGCGCGUGUGUCUCGGUACGUUCGUUUAGUACAGGCUGGUCCAGGCUGAUGAUUCAGGACUGGUUUCAGGUUUAACAUAAGUCUGAACGUGGCUAGGUGUAAUAUAUACCUGCACAUACAAAACGCCGCAAAAAGUUCUUUCGUUGACAUCAGUUUAAUAUAUAGUUAACUGUACUGUACCUCUUUUUAGGUCGUUUAAAUGAAAUAAUUAUCAGAAAAGUAGACUAAGAAAUAACACAUGACUAAUUUGAAGCACAGAAACGGACGAUAUUAAAAUUCUCUCCGCGAAUAUCAAAUAUUUAUUUCGCUGCAAUAAAACUGAUCCUCUAUUAUGUCUGUUAUGUCUUUUCUUCAUAUAAUAUCGUAGCGUAAAAUACUUAUAUUGCGGUUGUGUGUAAUCCUCUUUUAUCAAGUUCUUACCUGACUAACGCUUACGCAAUAAGGAUUCAGAGCGUCACGAAAGUACUUUUUAUGAUGAUGCGGUAACACGUGAUAUAGCAGUUUCCUUUAAAAAAAAAAGUGCAAUUUCGCGAUAAACGAGACGAAACACGCUUAAAAUUAUGUAAUAGUAGUUCUGUUAACUUAUUAUAAGUAUUGAUGAUUUAUCAUACGGGCGAGUGCAUCUGCAUUGUGCGAAUUAAAAGUGACGUAUCUCAGUUAGCCAUACUGGAAAUGCUUGUUGUACGAUUUAUUAGUACUAUUACAUGCAUAUACGUAUACAUGUAUACUUGCUACGCGUAUUAUUAUCAUAUAUACUACAUGUACACAAUAAAUGUAAGUAUUAUUGCGCGGUGACGAUUCUGUAAAAUGCUAAUGUGAGCAAUUUCCCCGUUGAUUAUGCGUACAUUUUAUAUAACGUUGUCAUAUAUAUAGAUUUAUUCAAGUGCAGAUUUAGCUUAGGUGCAUUCUGGAAAAGAAAUGCAUUUUCUGUCUAGAGGAAACAAUAACAUUUUAGAACGACGGUUCCUUCUUAACGUCCCUUUCGUACACGUACAGCAGACGGUGAUAUAUAUCAUAUAACCAUUAAUUAUAAUAUAAAUCAUUUAAUUUAACCACCCAAGUCGUUUUACGACUUGUACUUUAGUUUACACUGACAGCACCUCUUAAAAAGCUGCGCUUUAAAUUAUUUCUGAUAAGUGAAUUCAGUAUUUGCAAUAAACCUUUUUGUUAGCGAAUCGUGACAAUUUAAGUGCAUACGUCACGCGCAGAGAAUAUCCUGUACAUUUGACGAUCUGGCAAGAAAAGCUCGUUAGAAAUAUAGAAUAUAUAGGAAAGAGAGAUAAAAGCGAUCAUGAAGAGAAAAAGAUGUAGAACAAUUCAUCGUUCUUUUCCCUGGAUACAUUUUUAGGCACAAAGGACGUUAAUAGUGUUUUAUAAUAUUUAGGAGAGAUUUAUAUAUACAUAUAUAAAUGACAAAACCACGCGUAUGCCAGUCCUUUGCACUUGGCUAUACUUGGUGAUGCAAUUUGUUGUCGAACUACGCAACUUUCGUUUACAUUCGUUCAGAUAUAGAUGUAACUCCCAGUACUGUACGUUUAUAUUUCCGCUGAAUGCUAAAAUAAAUUAUUAUUUUUUAUGCUGUAUAAAA